AUGUCACUGCAUAUCAAAAAUUUGUCUUUCUCCUUGGCCUCUGUCAAUCUCUCUUUCUCUGUGGCCUGUAUUGAUCUUUCUCUUUCUGACACCUGUCAUUCUCUUUCUCUCUCUCUUUCUAUGUCAAUUUCUAUCUCUCUAACCUUGGGUUCUGGGAAUCUCUCUCAUUCUUUCUCUUUUUCUCUGGCCUCUAUCACUCUCUACUCAGCCUCUGUUGAUGUUGCUCUUUCUUUCUCUCUCUCUCUCUUCCAGGUUUCACUCUCUUUCUCUGUCUCUUUCUCUGGUCUUUAUCCAUUGGUCUCUCUUUCUAUACUCUGUCAAUCUCUUUCUUUCUCACUCUGGCCUUUGAAGCUCUCAGUCUGGCCUCUGUUAAUCUCUCUCUCUCUCUCUCUCUUUGCCUCUGUUGAUCACUCAUUCUCUCUCUUCCCUGAACUCUCGAUCUUUCUCCUUGAACCUUCACUCUCUCUUUCUCUUUGGUCUCUGUUGAUCAAUCUAUCUUUCCUUGACCUCUAA